AUGUCCGGAACUCCGAAUUAUCAAUCCACGGAUACACAGUGUUUCGAACGAAUCGAUUAUCCUCAUGUCGCGAUGGUGGAAUUGUCCGGAGGUUACGCCCAUCCGGAAGGAUUUGGAGAAGCCCUGUGGUGCAGAAUCAAAGUUCGCGCCGGACAGUAUACCGCAUUUGGAGUGAUUUACUGCACACCAGCUGGGUACGUCCCAGAGCUGCUGGCCAGCAUACAGAGGCGUGGCGUACCCCAAACGGACAGACCACGGGACGGACGGAAUGUGUGGCGCUCAUUCGUUCCGGAUAUGCGUCAGGCUGCAUUGCUCACAAAUUGA